CUUCACAUUUCACAAAGGAAAUGCAGCCUCCCUCUCUAAACCUGGCUACUCCUUCUUUGGCUCUUCUUCUAUCUCUACUUGCUUGCCUCACCUCUCAAAUAAUUCAAAAAGUCGUUGCAGCACCUGCCAAUUCCACGGUACCCGCAGUACUAGUCUUUGGAGAUUCGAUCGUGGAUACUGGUAACAACAACUAUUUACCUUCACUGGCUAAGUGCAAUUUUCCUCCGUAUGGCAGAGAUUUCAUGGGAGGAGCCGCUACUGGUAGGUUCAGCAAUGGAAAGGUCCCCUCUGACCUCAUAGUUGAAGCAAUGGGGAUUAAGGAGCUGUUACCGGCAUAUUUGGACCCAAAGCUCACCCUGCAAGACCUCCUCACUGGCGUAAACUUCGCUUCAGGUGGUGCAGGUUAUGAUCCUCUCACAUCCGAUAUAGAGAUAGCCAUGACAUUAAGCGAGCAGCUAAAUCUGUUUGAAGAGUACAUAGAGAAGGUGAAGAGUGGGAUUGGUGAAGAGAGAAGCAAGAAGAUUGUAUCAGAGAGCCUAUAUGUGCUGUGUACAGGGAGCAACGACAUUGCAACUACUUACUUCCCUACUCUUCUUAGGAAACUGCACUACGACAUUGCCUCUUACACCAAUCUCUUGGUCCAAUUCGCUUCUACUUUCAUUCAGGAACUGUACAGAGUAGGAGCACGAAAGAUUGUUGUUAUCAGCCUCCCACCAAUUGGAUGUGUGCCAUCCCAAAGAACAUUAAGAGGGGGAAUAGCUAGAUUGUGUGUAGAAAAUUACAACCAAGCAGCCAUGCUCUUCAACUCUAAGCUUUCCUCUCAACUGAAUUUGCUAAAUAAGAACCUCCCACAAUUCAGGUUCCUCUAUGUUGAUAUCUACAACCCUCUGAUUGAUCUGAUCCAAAAUCCUUACAAAUACGGAUUUGAAGAAGCAACUAGAGGAUGUUGUGGCACUGGAAUAAUAGAAGUAGCAAUAGUACUGUGCAACGGAAACCCAUUUACAUGUACAAACUCCUCCAAGUACAUAUUCUGGGACAGUUACCAUCCCACAGAGAGAGCUUACAAGGUCAUCCUCACUCCAAUCUUCAACAACCUCAAAAGCCUCUUCUGAAGCACAUCACUGACCCUUUUGCUCAAUGCAGUACUGAUUCAUACAUAAUCUUUCUACUUCAUCAAGUGUCUCAGGACACAAUGCUCAUCCACCCCUUAAACUCAAAAAUGUCCAAGUCCCAAUUUUUGUCUCCCCCAUUUUGGGUUUUCGCAUUAUUUCAUUGAUAUGUUUAACAUAAUCAGU